CUUUUAUAUCCACCCACUUCCAUCCGUCUGAACAUCUAAACAUACUAUACCCAACCCUCACAACCCUCACCAAACAAAUCCACCUCCAAAAUGGGCUCCCUCACCGACUCCCCUCUAACCUUCAAACCUCUCCAUCCCACCUUCGGCGCCGAAUGCCACGGCGUCGACUUCUCUUCCCCCUUGCCCCCCUCCACAAUCUCGUCCAUAAAAGCCGGCAUGGCCAAAUACGGCGUGCUCGUCUUCCGGGCCACCCAACUCGACGACGCAGGUCACGUCGCCUUCGCCUCCCAACUGGGCGAGCUCGACGACUCGACGCCCUUCAUCCAACCGGGCCAGAAAUACCGCCUCCACCCCUUCACCCAGCUCACCGACGUCGGCAACAUCGAAGCCGACGGCCACGUCGUCCCCACCACCAGCCUGCGCCACCAAAUGGGCCUCGGCAACGGCCUCUUCCACGUCGACUGCGCCUACAACCCGCGUCGCGCCGGGCUCUCACUGCUCCGUGCCCACCAGCUCCCUCCGAAGGGGACCGGCGGGGGCACGGCGUUCGCGGACACGCGCACCGCAUACGAGGAUUUAGACGAGACCACCAAGGCCCAGAUUGACGAGUACGUGCUUUGUCAUUCGCUGUGGCAGAGUCGGCGGCUGGGGGCGCCGGACUGCGACUUUCUAAAGCAGAUGAACCCCGAGGAUCAUUUUAUGGCGAGGCAUCGGUUGGUGCAGACGCAUGAGCCGAGCGGGCGCACGAACCUGUAUAUUGCCUGGCAUGCGCACCAUAUUGAUGGCUGGGGCCGGGAGGAGAGUCAGCCAGUGAUUGAGCGGUUGUUGGAACAUGCGAGUCAGGAGAAGUAUACGUUUCAGGUGGAUUGGGAGAAUAAUGGGGAUUUGGUUAUUUGGGACAACACAUGCGUCAUGCACCGAGCGUGUGGUGGCUCCUUUGCGGGCAGAUAUGUUCGCGACAUGAGACGGGCGACGGUGCAUGAUUCCUCGUCCACGGCGUGGGGAUUGAAUGAGAAGACGGAUAACCGAGCGGGCAUGUUUGGUGCUGGCAUGCCGAAGCCAACUCAGGGGUAGGUUUCUAUUAUAGCCCGUGUGUAGAGAGGAUCUUAUUCAACACGUUAUGGGUUGUUCUCUCUCUCUCUCUCUCUGCUCCUCUGUCAAUUUGAUUUAGUGUUAGGAUAUUGCCAUGUGAAAUGUUUAUUGAG